AUGUAUGAACGGUUCUACAAGGAGCUAUACCAAGCAGGGGGGUACAAGAUAACAGAGACGUACGGCGGGACAGAGUACAUUUUAGUGCACUACAAAGAAGCAGGCAUGGCUGAUGAACGUGGCUUCGUAGUCACUUAUGACGACCCAUACACAAUAAAAUGCACGUGCGGGUUGUAUGGGCAUGUUGGGAUGUUGUGCCGCCACGCACUUAAGGUCUUGAUGCACUUGGAUGUUGCAGAGGUGCCCACAGGGAACAUAUUGGAGCGUUGGAGAAAGGACGUGGUGGACGUUGGAUUGGAAGGCAAUGCGGCGAUUGAAGAUGCAAACACAAAAGAGACUACCGAGUACAUUCACAAGAGAAUAAUGCUGAAACGGGUCUUGGACGCUGCUGGUGUGGAAAGAAGGAACGACCGGGCAAUCAAGAGGGUUACUAGCCGAUGA